ACAAGGGAAGGCUGCAAUGUCCCUGGAAAGAUAUUGUCUGAUUCUGCUACUAAUUUGGUUCAAAUGACCUUGAAAGGCCAAGGGAUUUCUGUAAGUCCUCCACUUCAUAUAUAAAGAGCUACAAAAAUGAGACUUCAGGACAGCACCUGUGGCCUUCACAAGUAAGAGCUGAGUCAGGAGUGGGGCUGUGAGACUUGCCCUUCUUUGCACCUCAGCAAGAUAUUAGUUCACCUGCAAAUUCAUCUUUAAGGGGAUGAAUAAUCAAUACAUCCGUCGGGAAGUCUUCUGCUGUGAAACGUGUCACGAGCUCAAAAGCUUCUGGGAAAAAGAAAUUAGCAAACAGACUUGUUACCGGGAACUGGAAGAAGAUCGUCAGGGAAGGAGCGCCCUGAAAAAGCUCAGAGAAGAAUGGAAGCAGAGACUGGAGGAAAGACUGAGAAUGCUGGACAGUCCUGGGGAGAAGGAAAAGCAGGGAAACAUUGUGGGCUGACAUCCUCCUGGCUCAUCCACUUCAAAGAUAACAAGUCACCAAAGGCACUUUUCUAAGAGAUAAAACUAGCAACCCCAUUAUGUGAUUUACUAAGCAGGACACUUCCUAUUUGACUUCCCAUUUGUGAAGGAAUUUAUAUGUGAGACUUACUGCCCCCCCCCCAUGCUAAUAAAGGUUAUGGAAGAUAUUGUCCAACUCACUCCUCCCUGCACAGAGAAUAGAAUGACUGCCAGUGGAAUGUGAAGCUCAGGUUAUUUAAUAUUGAAAGCUCUUGGAAUUAAUACUCCCCCAUCUCAAAGGUCUCUGUAGUACAAUUUAUUUCCAUAUUUUCUUCUCAUUUUGAAAUCUGAAUGUUUUACCUAAGCUUACCAAGGGCGGUCAUCAUGAUGGGAAUCUGGCUUCCCUUUGUCUUUUGGGAAAACAGAGUCAUACAGCCUUUUCUUUCUGCCCCCUUUUGUGUCAAGACAAAAAUGCAACCACUUAUAGAAAUAAAGCAAUUGUUGUUGGAACGUUUAAAGAUGUCCCGGAGGUUCCUAAGCCUCUCCUCAUU